CCCAAAAACCCUAAAAAAAACGCGGCAGUAGUUUUGUCCGAGUGACUCACGGUCAGCUUGUUCACGAGUGAAAUUUCAGCUUCUUUUGCUCAUUUCAUUGUUUAAUGUUCAGGAAAGUUUCUGUCCUUUUGGUCUUAUUGUGAGGUUGGGAGGUCAGAAUCUGCAGGGUGCUACCAUACUAUGUCCAGGCUGCUUCGUAAAACCUACCUUCUGCGGAGCUCUCUUUUCGGCAAUGACGUUACUACGAUGGGCUAUAGACAUGGAUUAUUGGGCACGUCGCAAAUUUUAAGCUUCUCAACUCGAGGUAAAAGGGGGUCAAAAUCAGAUGGAAGUUGUUCACGCGAAGAAAAUAUGUCCAAGAAAGAGUUGGCCAUACAACAAGCUCUGGAUCAGAUCAUUUCUGCACAUGGAAAGGGAUCUAUUAUGUGGCUCGGUCGCUCUGUCUCUGAAAAACAUGUAUCUGUACCUGUAGUGCCGACUGGUUCUUUUGCUCUUGAUAUAGCACUAGGAGUUGGUGGGCUUCCAAAGGGACGUGUUGUGGAAAUAUACGGUCCAGAGGCUUCUGGUAAAACUACUCUGGCCUUACAUGUGAUUGCAGAAGCGCAGAAGCAAGGAGGCUAUUGUGCGUUUAUUGAUGCCGAGCAUUCACUUGAUAGAACACUCGCAGAGUCCAUUGGUGUAAAUACUCAGAACUUGCUUCUCUCUCAACCUGAUUGUGGUGAACAAGCACUUAGUCUUGUUGAUACCUUAAUUCGAAGUGGUUCAGUUGAUGUAAUUGUUGUUGACAGUGUGGCUGCUCUUGUUCCUAAAGGUGAGCUUGAUGGUGAUAUGGGUGAUGCUCACAUGGCAAUGCAGGCUAGGUUGAUGAGCCAGGCACUUCGAAAAUUGUGCCACUCUUUGUCAAUGUCCCAUUGUAUAUUGAUUUUUAUAAACCAGGUGAGGUCAAAGCUUUCUACUUUCGGGGGGUUUGGUGGGCCAACUGAUGUUACUUGUGGUGGCAAUGCAUUGAAAUUCUAUGCUUCAGUGCGGCUAAAUAUCAAGCGAACAGCAUUUGUUAAGAAGGGAGAAGAGACUUUAGGAAGCCAGCUCCUUGUCAAGGUUGUGAAGAACAAGCUUGCCCCUCCAUUUAAAACUGCACAGUUUGAGCUUGAGUUUGGCAAGGGCAUAAGCAGAGAAGCAGAGAUCAUAGAUCUGAGCUUAAAACAUAAGUUUAUCUCCAAGUCUUGUUCAUUUUUCAACUACAAUGGCCAGAACUUCCAUGGUAAGGAUGCUCUUAAGAAGUUCCUGGCUGGCAACCCUAGUGAACUAGAAGAACUUACUCUGAAGCUGAGGGAGAAACUUCUUACUGCUGAGAAAGAAGCAGGGGUGACAGAUGGAGAUGUUACAGAAGUUGCGUCACCUUAUUCUACUGAUGAAGAAGCUGCUGCUGCAGAAGUAUGAUUUUGCUGAUGCUCCCAAAGUAUGCUUCUACUUUAUCUUCAUUGCUUGGAUUAGAUCCUAUAUGGUUUCCGUAUACUUGUGGGGAUGGCCUUAAGCAACAAAAUCCUCAAAUGCUUCUGGCUCUGAAUCACAUCCCUCUUUUAUCAAUUAGUCCUCUCAGUUGCUUGAUUGCCCAUUUUGUUCAAGGCCUAAAUGGUCAAGGUUUAAAAAAUCUCAUUUUUAUCUGGGUCAAUGUUCUUGCAAAACAACCUGACUCAGCUAGCAAGUUAUUCAGGUCAACCUGUAUUCCUAACUCUAGGGAAGAGAUAGGAAUAGAUCUGGGGUCUGCCUGUCAUUGUGGGCCUCACGUGGAAUCUAUUCCAUGUCCAUCUAUGUCCUUGAGCAAUUUUGCAAUUAAGAGGAUACAAAUCCAAUGUUUACUGUACGUUGUCACCACUAAUGGAAUUAUUUGGUCAUUGAUUCAUGUGCCUAAUUACUCAUGGCAUGCGCAGAUUUUGUAUGGAGGACAAAAAAGUGUGAAUUGAUAUGGGUUAUCAAUGUAAGUUAAUUAUUGAGCCAUUGCAGAUUAUUUGUGAGGAUAUCACUCUUCAUGUAUAAUGUUGCAUAUUUAUAUCCCUCCGAUUCUUCUUCCUCAUGUUAGGUUCGGUGUGAUAGUAGAAUUGAAGUGGCGUGGGGAUUUGAUGUAUUUACUUUUGAUUUGUUGAAAAGAA